GUUCCCUGGGGCGAGCUCAGGGUGGGGAGAGACCCCGAGAACCCACUGGGGGCUGGAGCCAGGAGCCAGCAUGAGUCGGGGGUCCAGGUCAGGGGCGCGAGGGCAGCAGGAGAACGUCCCCUCCCAGCUCCUCCGGGAUCAUGAAAACCAGCAGGUGUUUGAGCUCCUGGGCCGGAAAUGCACGACCCUGGCCACGUCGGUGGCCCAGCUGUACCAGGCCAUGCCCCCCAACAGCCAGGUGUGGGGUAAGCAGGGCUGCGGGGUCCUGUGCCUGGUCAAGGACAACCCCCGGCGCUCCUACUUCAUCCGCCUCUUCGAUCUCAAGGACAGGAGGCUCACAUGGGAGCUGGAGCUCUCCAGCCAGCUGGUCUAUUCUGCCGUCACCCCCUACUUCCAUACCUUCCCCGGGGACGAAUGCCAGGCCGGGCUGAACUUUGCGGACGAGGCUGAGGCCCGCGACUUCUAUGCGCUGGUGGAGGAGAAGAUCCAGAAGCGACAGCAGCGGAUGGAGAAACGGCAGCUCCCCCCGCCACCUCCCCCGGUCAAUGAAGAGCGACGGGCGACGACGCUGCCCCGAUCCCCAAUGCACGGGGGAGACAUGAAUGGUCCCAGCAAACAGCCGAAUUCCCCCUCCGGCUCCUUGAACCUGAUGACAAUGGACAUCCAGAACCCGGACAUCACCUCGUCUCGGUACCGGGGGCUGCCGGUGCCCACAGCCACCGAGAAGAAGAAGGGCAAGAAAAAGAUCUCCAAGGCCGACAUCGGCGCCCCAAGCGGAUUCAAGCAUGUCACCCACGUCGGAUGGGACCCCAACACCGGCUUUGACGUGAAUAACCUGGACCCCGACCUGAAGACGCUCUUCUCCCAGGCCGGGAUCAGCGAGGCGCAGCUGACUGACGCCGAGACCUCCAAACUCAUCUACGAUUUCAUCGAAGGCCAGGGCGGGCUGGAGGCUGUGAAGGAGGAGCUGAGACGCCAGGGUCCAGCACCUCCUCCGCCCCCCAUGACCCGAUCUGGGCCCCUCCCUCCCCCACCCCCUGCCUCAGCGAGGGGCAGGUCUGGCCCGUUGCCCCCCAUCCCAGGCGGCCCCCCACCCCCCUCAUCUAUGCCAAAUAGGGGGCCCGUUCCCUCCCAGCCUCCCAGGGGGCAUCUGCCCCCCCCUUGUGGGCCCCCUCCCCAAACCUCCCGGUCUGGUCCGCCCCCCCCUCCGCCUGCUUCUGGGGCAGCCCCCCCACCCCCUCCUCCCCCACCGCCCCCUCCACCCCCAGUCUCUUCAGGGCCUUGUCCCCCUCCCCCACUUCCUUCAGGGGGGGUCAGCUCCCCAGGGGGCCAGCCUGCUCCCCCCGCAAAGGGUCGUGGGGCCCUGCUGGACCAGAUCCGCCAAGGCAUACAGCUCAACAAGACCCCCGAGAUGCUGGACUCCCCGCCGCCUGCUCAGAGCUCGGAGGGCCUGGUGGGGGCGCUCAUGCAUGUCAUGCAGAAGCGGAGCAAAGUGAUCCACUCCUCAGACGAAGGCGAGGACAACGGCGGGGACGAGGAGGACGAUGACGAAUGGGACGACUGAGCUCCGUCCCCAGCAAGAAAAGCUCCCCCCCUUGUGCACUGGGCGCUGUGCCCCACUCCCCUGGGUGAUCCCCCAGCCCACCUGGUCCCUUAGCAAUAAAGACAGCUCUCCGCUUGACAUGCUGCCCCAUCUUUUACCCAGAAUUCCCCUCCCCAAUCCCCCAGCUUCCCCUAUCUGCCCCCAUCACCCCCUCAAAACCCAGGGCUUGGCAAUACCCUGGUCUCCACUGACCUCUUUGGCAUCAGAAAGAAACCGAUCUCCUUCCAACUUGGCUCCUUGCUUUGAUCUCAGCCCGAUUGAAAAAACAAGCCAAGUUGGAAUCAAGCCCAGCACGGCUCAUCAGCGCAGAUUUUGGGGUGGAUUAAAACCCAUUGGUUUGGGUCAGUGUCUGAGUGACAGGACUGGAAGCCAGAGCGCUUGAUCUGAGGCCGUGUCUACGCCCCAUGUGUUCUGGUGGCACAGUUAGAGAAGAUUUAGUGUAGACACUUUCAACGGCAAUGGAAGGGGUCUGUAGUUGAUCCAUCUUGCCGGUAGCUAAGUCGGAGGAAGAAUUCUUAGUUGUGUCUAUACCUGUGUGUUAGGUCGGCUUGACGAUGGUGCUCUGGGGGGUGAAUUUUGCACACCCCGAGCGCCAUAGCUAGGUUGCUCUCAAUUUUGAGCAUAGACCGGAGCAGCCACUCUAGACUAAUGUCUUGUUAUAAUGGCGUCGGCGUCACCCGCAAUAUAGAACUUGCUCGUGAGUUAUGGCUUAUUCAUCUCAAGGCUUGGCAGAAACUGAUUUUUAUUUGUUUUUUGAUCAUUUCGACGGAGCAGAGUUUGACUUUUAUUUUUCAAUCAUUUUGAUGGCUCGUAUCACUGUUUAUUUCGAAGGUGGGAAAUGAUGCGGGUGCGGGGGGGGGUCAGGGAAUAAUUAUUUCAUGAGGUUGAGUUCAAAAAGCGAAAGCUUUAAAACACAAAGUCUCUUGAAGAUGGACGAAGUCAAGAGCCUCAGCUCAAACUCAGACAUGGUCUCAAGUAGCCAGUCAAAGCGAUUGUUACUCCUUUGAUCUUUAUUAAACAACUUUAUCAACUGUU